AUGUCUAAAGAUCUGUUGAUAGUUGGCGUGUAUGUAGACGAUUUGAUUGUGACCGGAACAAGUGAAAGUCUGAUUUGUACAUUCAAAAGGGAGAUACAGAAUAUGUUUGAUACGAGUGAUCUUGGAAGACUCUCAUACUAUUUGGGAAUCGAAGUUCACCAAAGUGAGAAAGGGAACACAAUUGAUCAAAGUGGGUAUGCUAAGAAAAUAUUACAAACUGCACGAAUGGCAGAUUGUAAUCCGUCGAAAUAUCCGAUGGAACCAAAGUUACACUUAUCUAAAGAUGAAGAAGGUGUACCAACAAAUGCAAUUGAGCAUCGAAGACUCAUCGGAAGCCUAAGAUAUAUCACUCACACUAGACCAGAUCUCGGAUAUUCGGUGGGACUUGUGAGCAGGUACAUGGCAUCACCAAAAGAAAGUCAUUAUAAAGCAUUCAAGCAAAUAUUGAGGUAUAUCAAGGGAACAAUGAGUUAUGGACCCUUUUAUCAUAAGGGAGGCAAUGGAAGAUUACAUGGAUACAGCGAUAGUAGCCAUGGUAUGGAUCCAGAUGAUCGUAAAGGUACAACCGGCAUGGCAUUUUAUUUUUCGGGCAACCUUAUCACUUGGUGUUUGCAGAAGCAGCGCACUGUCGCUCUCUCCUCUUAUGAAGCUGAAUUUAUGGCUGCAACUUCAGCGGCAUGCCAAGCAUUGUGGCUACGUAACUUAUUGGUAGACUUGACUGGUUGGGAAGCUCAACGUGUUAAAUUAUACGUGGAUAACAAAUCUGCCAUAUCCUUGAUGAAGAAUCCGGUCUUUCACGGAAGAAGUAAACACAUUGAUACCAAAUUUCAUUUUAUUCGAGAAUGCAUUGAAGAAGGUUCGAUCUAUAUAGAGCAUAUUAGUGGAAAGGAACAAAAGGCUGACAUCUUGACUAAGGCACUACCCAAACUAAAGUUCUUAGAGAUGAGAGAUUAA